CAUUAUUGAGUGAUUACAACGUAAACAGUGAUUACAAAUGAAAAUUGUAAUAAUUAUUAAUUAAUUAAAUUUAUGUAUUAAUUAGGUUUCAAUUGAAUCCAUUGUUUUAAUUGAUGUUUUGUUGGUUUAUGUCAUAAAAACAAUGAAACAAAUUGUCGACAAUUGUGUGGAUAAGUCAUCGCUAAAAGACAAAUGUGAUGAUCAAAGUGAUGAAGAGUUUGAUUCCAAUAUUAGUGAUAAUGAAGACGACAAUAAUGACAAUCAUUUUGUAUAUUUGUCUGACAAUGAGGUUCAGCAGAUGUCUCAGGUGUUAACAAGUCUUAAGCUGUCGGACACUAAAGCGUUGAGACGAUUGGCCAAAACUGCCGACGGCUUUAUUAACGAUAGUCUGCGCCAACAGAUAUGGCCAAAAGUGAGCAAAUUAUCGGUGAUUGGGACGAGUCCUCGACCUGACACAGACACCAUUGAAAGUCAUCCCUUUUAUAAUCAGGUGGUUAUGGAUGUCAACAGAUCUCUGAAGCGAUUUCCGCCCUCUAUAGACACUAAUCAAAGGAUAUCAAUGCAAGACUCACUGAUUCGGCUGAUUAUGAGAGUUCUAAUCAAAAAUCCAGAUCUGAAUUACUUUCAGGGAUAUCAUGACAUAUGUGUGACAUUCCUGAUGGUAUUGGGCGAAGAAAUGGCUUUCUAUGUGGUGAACCAAUUGUCGAAAACACAUUUCAGAGUAUAUAUGGAGAAGACUAUGGAAAAAACUCAGGACUUGUUGGAUAUAAUACCGAUUGUGGUCAGAGAGGAGAACAAGACAUUGAGUGAACACUUGGAGAGAUCAGAAGUGGGAACAAUCUUUGCACUGAGUUGGGUCAUCACUUGGUUCAGUCAUGUAUUGCCCACUUAUGAAGACGUCACCCGACUCUUUGACUUUUUUCUUGUCAGUCACAGUCUAAUGCCAUUCUAUCUAACAGUUGCUAUACUUCUCUACAAACAAAAUCAGAUUCUCGACACCGACUGUGAUAUGCCAUCUGUACACCAGUUUCUAACUCGUAUUCCAGAAACAGAAGAACUGCCAAUUGAAAUGUUGAUUGAGUCAGCCAUGGAUCUGAUACGACGAUAUCCGCCAAAUGAUAUGAUUAGAGCUCAAGAGAGAGCAAAGAAAUUAAGACAAAAAGCAGAAAAUAGUAGAAAUGUUGGUUUAUUUAGCAAAAUGUUUGAUUUGAGAUAUUUAUUCAACACAUUCACUAAAUUUAAUUUCAUGUCAAUCACUAUUGUUAUUGUAUUGAGUGCUGCAGUCUUUCAAUUUUAUCGUAAUAUUUAAAAUUAUUCCC